CUACUGCAAAAAAGAAUAAUAAUGGCUGCUGGCAGUGCAUUCUCUCAUAAUUUACGAUACAGAGAGUCUCUGAUCAGUGGAGAGGCACUGUGCAUCGAUGAACAGUUGCGUCAGUUUAUAUACAGGAGAUUUAAGCAUCCUGCCUCCAAGAAAUCUGCUUUAAACUCAGCUGGAGUCCCAGUGAUUGAAUCUGAAUAUGGAUCAGUAUUCAAUAUGGAGUUCAGUCCUUACAAUCCUUACACGCUCCUCGUAGCACACUCCCGCAAAUCAUGCUCACUGUAUGACAGCAGACUGGAGAAGAGUGUCCACUCUGCUCCGUACAUUCACAAUGACCCAGUCAAUAUCAUCACAUUCCUUGAUAGCUUCAUGUUUACUACUGGAUCAGAUGACGAGACCAUUAGACUGUGGGAUAUUAGGAAAUUUCGGUCGAGUGUAGAUUGCAUUGGUGUAUUACGAGGGCACCAGGGAUGGGUAAAGAACAUUGAGUAUGAUCGCGACACCAAUAAGCUCUAUUCCAUUGCUUUUGAUGAUGGAGUCCGAUAUUGGAAUAUUAAUGAGGUUCAGAAAUAUGCAGAGGGCACUGUGGAUAAUUUAUUAUUUGGUAUAAAAGAUGGAGUGAGGAUGAAACUCUCUUGUGACACAAUGGCUAUCAGCACUAGGAAAAACCUCAUUUAUAUUAUUAAUGAUUUCGAGAGUGAGUCUGUGGCCUCUAUCUGCAACUGUCUUCCAGCCCAGGCACCAUUGAGAUUUGGUGAUGUUGUCAAUGUUGAGUUAUGCUCAUCAAAUGAUAAAAACAAGCCAUCGAUACGUGUUAUCAGUGAAUUAGGCGAGCCUUGCUAUGAGACACCACUCUCACUUGCUUUUGCUCCUACUAAUGAUCUUCAUCAUUCCAGUUCAUUGCUGGCAUUUAGAACAGUAAGAGUUGUCAUUGAUGAUGGGUAUUUAUCAUUAGAUGAAACAACCAAACUAUAUGACACUAGCAGUGAUCCUAGCACUAACACUGAUCCUGAUCCUGAUCCUUACAUUAAUUCAGAUACCGAUUCCGAUGGAAGUGGUUUGGGUGUGUCAUCAUAUCAUAGUUACCAUAACACAUCAAAGUGUUUCUUGAACACAAUCACUGAAUACUCUGGAGAAGGUGCAGCUGAAUACAUAAAAGAGAUAAGCUUUAGUCCUGACGGUCGAUUGCUUGUCUCUCCCUACCAAAACGGAGUUAGGCUACUAGCUGUUGAUACUAACUGUACUAAUAUUGAUCAGUAUUAUUGUGACAACUCUCCAAGUGAGGGAGAGUUUAAGGUAAUCAGUGUAUGCGAGGAAGCUUGCAGUACUCCAGUACUUACAAGUAGACUCAACUCAGAUAUAAUGUGUUUAGCAGCUGGGUCUUGCAAAGGUACUGUACAGUUCUACUCACCACAACUUUAGGUGUAAUGAUUAUAUACUGUACUUAUUUGUGUCAUUUAUUAUUACAUGUCUUAUUAUUAUUAUUAUCAUUAUCAUUAUUAUUAAUUUGUAUAAGAAGUUACAAAAUAUAGAUUGUGAUUGUCAACAAAAACAUUACUCCA